AUGGAAUGGAAUAAAACCGUAGGAAGAGGAAUUUGGAACGGAGUCAAAAAUAUUGGUAAAAGGGUAGGUCAGUUCGUUGGUAUUAUACCUAAAGACCCUGAACCAGAAGAACAAGCUCCUGUUAUACAACAGCCUGAACCUGCACCACAGUCUAGUUGGCAACCAAAUCCAACACCUCAACCGUAUUAA